AUGGACCCUGGAGAGUGUACUUGUAUGUCUGGAGGAAUCUGCAUCUGUGGUGAUAACUGCAAAUGUACGUCCUGUAGCUGUAAGACAUGUCGGAAAAGUUGCUGUCCCUGCUGCCCACCUGGUUGUGCCAAAUGUGCCCAAGGCUGUAUUUGCAAAGGAGGAUCGAAUAAAUGCAGUUGCUGCCCAUGA